AUGGAGGCUGCAAAACAGAUAUUAAAAAGGUUUCCUUUUGACGACAAAGACCGUCAAGCAUUAAAAUGUCUGAAGAUGCUAAAUCCUACAGCAAUUCUGUAUCCUGAAAUAAAAAAGAAAUUCCCUUCCAUUGCAGAUUUACAUUAUUUCUUCCCAAAGAUUUGUCCAAAUAAUAUAACGGAACUGGAUAGAGAAUGGCGGGUGUUAAGAAAUGUCGAUUUUUCUUUCAACCAAAACAAAGCUCCCGAUAUUGUCGACUUUUGGAAACAUGUACAAGAAUUAAGAAAUGGAGACGAAUCUCAAACAUUCCCUACAUUGUGUGAAUUGGUAAAAAAGCUUUUGUGCCUACCACAUAGCAGUGCCACCGUGGAAAGGUUAUUUUUAGCUAUAAAUAUUAUGAAAACCAAAUUACGCAACAGAAUAUCGACUACAGCUAUUAAAGGAGUAUUACACACUAAAUCCGAAAUAACCGAUUGCUAUUCAUUUGAAGCCACAGAAAGGCACAUGAAGAAAUUCAACAAAAAUAUGUAUGAUUUUAAAAAUAAAAAUGAGUGUGAAAAUAUUGAAGAUGAGGCAAUUGGAAAUGAAACUGGAAAAUAA